AUGGAUAAGCGCCAGCAGCCGAGCUCGUUUCAACAGCUCGAGAAGCUAGGUGAAGGUACAUAUGCGACUGUAUUCAAAGGGCGCAAUCGCCAGACCGGCGAAAUGGUUGCAUUAAAAGAAAUACAUCUAGAUUCAGAGGAAGGCACACCGUCAACCGCGAUAAGGGAGAUUUCGCUCAUGAAAGAGCUCAAACAUGAGAAUAUCGUCUCGUUAUAUGAUGUGAUCCAUACCGAAAGUAAAUUGAUGCUCGUUUUCGAAUAUAUGGACCGGGAUUUGAAGAAAUACAUGGACCAGCGAGGCGAUCGCGGGCAGCUGGAUUACCUCACUAUCGUAUCCUUUAUGCAGCAACUCCUCCGCGGCAUCGCAUUUUGCCACGAAAAUCGCGUCCUUCACCGGGAUUUAAAGCCUCAGAACCUUCUCAUCAACAACAAAGGAAAGCUCAAGCUUGCAGACUUUGGCUUAGCGAGAGCAUUCGGUAUUCCGGUGAAUACUUUCUCCAAUGAAGUCGUCACUCUUUGGUAUCGAGCGCCCGAUGUGCUACUUGGAAGCAGGACAUAUAACACCAGCAUUGAUAUUUGGUCUGCUGGAUGUAUCAUGGCUGAGAUGUACACGGGCCGUCCGCUCUUCCCAGGCACUACGAAUGAAGAUCAGCUGCAGAAAAUUUUUCGUCUUAUGGGAACACCCUCCGAACGCUCGUGGCCGGGUAUAUCCCAGUUCCCGGAGUAUAAACCUAAUCUCCACGUCUACGCAACUCAAGAUUUACGACUGAUCCUCCCUCAGAUCGAUCAGCUUGGUUUAGAUCUCCUUAGUCGGAUGCUUCAAUUACGGCCUGAGAUGCGGAUCAGUGCUGCCGAAGCGUUACGCCAUCCCUGGUUUCACGAGUUAAAUCAGAUGCAGGCGCAGGAAGCUCAUCAUCAAGCUGCGAUUCAUCAGCAACAGCAACAUAUGACUGCCGGAUAUGGCGCUCAAGGGAUUGUUUCACAAGGCUACUAG